ACAAGGAAACAGCCGUCAUCAUGACAAUGGAUAGACGCCGUGAUUGCAUGGCUGUUAUGUUGUUUCACAGUUUAAGAGAGGCAAGGAUAGCUGCUUGCAGAAGAUGAAACCAUGAGAAUGAGAUAUGAGAACAGACACAAAAGCGACAAUCAAGUGAAUAACCGGAGAGUGGAUGUCCUCAUCGAUGGAGAACUGAAAAGUGAAAAAUGGAUGAAUGUUCAGGUUGGAGACAUAAUCAAACUGGAGAAUAAUCAGUUUGUCACAGCAGAUCUUCUGUUGCUGUCAAGCAGUGAGCCUCUCAAUCUGGUCUACGUAGAAACUGCUGAAUUAGAUGGUGAAACCAAUCUGAAGGUGAAACAGGCUCUGACUGUAACUGGAGAGUUGGGAGACAGCAUUGAUGCACUGGCUGGCUUCAAUGGUGAAGUGCGAUGUGAGCCUCCUAACAACCGUCUGGACAAGUACAAAGGGACCCUGUCUCUGAACGGACAGACGUAUGCUUUGGACAACGACAAGGUGCUGCUGCGAGGAUGUACUCUGAGGAACACAGACUGGUGCUUCGGUCUGGUUGUGUUUGGAGGUCCUGACACCAAGCUGAUGCAGAACAGCGGAAAGACAACGUUCAAACGGACGAGCAUUGAUCACCUCAUGAAUGUCUUGGUGUUGUGUAUCUUUGGUUUCCUGGCGCUCAUGUGCUCCGUUCUGGCCAUUGGCAAUGCAAUCUGGGAGGUGAGGGAGGGCUCACUGUUCACAGCGUUCCUCCCUAGAGAACAGGGGGUUGACGCCGCUCUCUCGGCUUUCCUCUCUUUCUGGUCUUACGUCAUCAUCCUCAACACAGUGGUGCCCAUUUCUCUCUAUGUCAGUGUGGAGAUCAUCCGUCUGGGGAACAGUUUCUACAUAGACUGGGACCGGAAGAUGUAUUACCCCAAAAAUGACACUCCUGCCCAGGCGAGGACCACCACACUCAAUGAGGAGCUGGGCCAGAUCAAAUAUAUCUUUAGCGACAAGACUGGCACCCUUACGCAGAACAUAAUGACUUUCAACAAGUGCUCCAUCAAUGGGAAAGCAUAUGGGGAGCUGUUUGAUUUUUCUGGACAAAGGAUGGAAAUAACAGAGAAGACACAGAAAGUGGAUUUCACCUGGAACCAGCUGGCUGAUCCAAAGUUCAUCUUUCACGACCACAGCCUGGUGGAGACGGUGAGAGAGGGAAACCUGGCGGCACAGGACUUCUUUCGCUUGCUGGCUCUGUGCCACACUGUCAUGCCUGAGGAGAAGAAAGAGGGGGAGCUCUACUAUCAGGCUCAGUCUCCUGAUGAGGGCGCCCUGGUGACUGCAGCAAGAAACUUUGGGUUUGUGUUCCGCUCACGUACUCCAGAGACCAUCACGGUCGUGGAGAUGGGAAAACAAGUCACCUAUGAGCUUCUGGCUGUCCUGGACUUCAAUAAUGUGCGCAAGAGGAUGUCAGUCAUUGUGCGUAACCCUGAGGGCAAGAUGACCUUAUACUGCAAAGGAGCAGACACCAUCAUCUAUGAAAGACUGCACCCGUCCUGUAACAAGCUGAUGGAAGUUACCACUGGACACCUCAAUGAGUAUGCAGGUGACGGCCUCCGUACACUGGUUCUGGCCUACAAGGAUUUGGAUGAGAGCUACAUGGAGGAGUGGAAACAACGCCACCAUGACGCCAGUACCGCCAUGGACGAUAGAGAGCAGAGACUUGAUGAACUUUAUGAAGAGAUAGAAAAAGACCUGAUGCUGUUGGGGGCAACAGCUGUGGAGGACAAGCUGCAGGACGGUGUGCCACAGACCAUAGAGCAACUGGCUAAAGCUGACAUCAAAAUCUGGGUCUUGACUGGGGAUAAACAGGAGACAGCGGAGAACAUUGGCUAUUCCUGCAACAUGCUGAGAGAGGAGAUGAAGGAGGUUUUCAUUGUGGCAGCAAAUACGGCGGAAGGAGUCAAAGAGGAGCUACAGAAUGCAAGAAGGAAAAUGUGUCCAGAAGGAGCAGAAGAGCCAAUUGUGAGCAAAGCUCGUGCAGGCCUGUUUUGGCUUGAGAAGACAGAGACUGUGCAGGAUGAGAAGGUGGAUGGAGAAUAUGGCCUGGUUAUAAAUGGACACAGUUUGGCCUUUGCACUGGAGAAGGGCUUGCAGCUGGAGCUGCUGAGGACAGCAUGUAUGUGUCAGACAGUGAUUUGCUGCAGGGUCACCCCUCUGCAGAAGGCCCAAGUGGUUCAGCUGGUCAAGAAGUACAAGCAGGCUGUCACUCUGGCCAUUGGGGACGGGGCCAACGAUGUCAGCAUGAUCAAGGCUGCUCAUAUCGGUGUAGGCAUCAGUGGUCAGGAGGGCAUGCAGGCAGUUCUCUCCAGCGACUACUCCUUCGCCCAGUUCCGUUACCUCCAACGCCUCCUGCUUGUGCACGGUCGCUGGUCCUACCUGCGCAUGUGCAAGUUCCUGCGAUAUUUCUUUUACAAGAACUUCACCUUCACCUUUGUGCAUUUCUGGUAUGCCUUCUUCUGCGGCUUCUCUGCUCAGACUGUGUAUGAUGAGUGGUUCAUCACCUUGUACAACCUGGUUUACACAGCUCUUCCUGUCCUUGGCAUGAGCCUUUUUGACCAGGAUGUGAAUGACCGCUGGAGUUUCCAGUAUCCUCAGCUCUAUUCUCCAGGCCCACUGAAUCUAUAUUUCAAUAAGAAAGCCUUUGUGCGCUGCAUGAUGCACAGCUGCUACAGCUCCCUCGUCCUCUUCUUCAUCCCAUGGGCCGCCAUGCGUGACACGGUCCGAGAUGAUGGCAAAGAUGUUGCAGACUAUCAGUCCUUCGCUUUACUGGCGCAGACCUGUCUGCUCGUUGUGAUGAACAUACAGCUGUGUCUGGACACCCAUUACUGGACGGCAGUCAACCAGUUUUUUGUGUGGGGCAGCCUGGCUGCCUACUUUGCCAUCACAUUUACCAUGUACAGCAAUGGCAUGUUCUUCAUCUUCACCUCCUCUUUCCCCUUCAUCGGCACUGCAAGAAACUCUUUGAGUCAGCCCAAUGUGUGGCUGACCAUGUUCCUGACUUCCCUCCUCUGUAUUCUGCCUGUGGUGGCUUUCCGCUUCGUUCUCAUUCAGCUUUGGCCCACCAUCAAUGACAAGGUGAGGCAUAAGUUGCGAAAGGAGGCACUGCCAGCUCCAACGCGUCGUAUACCUACCAAGCGUAUCAGCACCCGGCGGUCGGGCUACGCCUUCUCUCACUCCCAGGGCUAUGGUGAUCUGGUGACAUCUGGAAGAUUCCUAAUGAAACGACCCCCGAAGACUCGAUCGGUCCUGUUCUCCCAAACAGACUCUCCUCUGGAUCACAAUCAGCCACAGCACUACCACACCAUUACAGAGGAGCCGCAGGAGCCACGGCGCCAUUAGACAGGAGGUAUGCAGGGACUAAACCACUGCAGAGAGUGUGUGGGACCAAUGUGAUGAAUGCUGUGAAGAUGGUGUACUUGGGAGCACAUACAGCCCACACUGAUGGUCUUUUCAGCUCAAGAAGUACAACUAUUAUACACUACAGUUCACAUUACUGCUGACUGUUUCCCAGAAUACCAGCAGAUUUUAGAUAGAUUUUCUACCUUCUAAACAGACAUUGGUUUCGAGCAGGGACUAGUGAAAACCUUUUUUGUUGCAUUCAAGUACACUACAAUCUCCAUAUUUUGCAACUCAGCCAGGUGCUGAAAAAGGAUCAACACAUUAUUUCACAACAUGCCUAAGCGGGUUUGAUCUUCCAACAGCAUAACUCACAAAUUUAGCUCAACUCUCAAAUUUCAGAUAUCAGAGAGACCUUGAACGUGCUAACAGAGUUUUUAAAUCAGUACUUGAUUGCAACUGAUAAUGUAGAUGUGACAAAAUAUUCUAAGUCUCAAGCAUGGUUUAAUACUGUAGUGAAAUAAACAGAAACUAAAAGCAACAUGUAAGGUAAAAAAUUAGCCUAAAAAUCUUAUGGUAAGCUCUUGGAAAUAUCCAGAAAUAAUGUAUGCAGUUUGUACUUCAUGGGCUAAAAUACGCAAAACCAUAAAUUGCUAUGAGAUUAACUUUGUGUCAUGCACACCUUUUUUUUUUUUUUACAGUAUUUGUUGUGAUUUCUAGAUUGUUAAGUUAAACAUUUCUUUUAAAAAAAUUGCCACUGGCUGAUCUGGAGAAUCUGGAUUACCACACUGCCUGCAACAUGAUGUUGCAUUUUGUACUUCUUAAUUCUUUUUUUCCACCUCAAGUUAAUUGUCAAUGCUCAGUGCGUCAUUUUGAGAAACAGUGAUUUCAUUUCCAGUUGAUAGACAUAUUUUCUGUUAGCUUUUAUUGUUUAUGUAAUUAUUUACAUGAAUAUUUUUUAAUAUUGUUUUAUGUUUGUUCUACACUGUGUUAAUGAUCUGUUUGACCACUCAGUCACAGUAUUGUCACAGUACAGCCAGGGGUCAGUGUUGUCUUUGUAACUGUGUUUUCAACUUUCCAGAGCCAGUAAAGUAAAUGUUGUAUGGUUUAAGUGUCUUAUAAGAACCAGCGGACCGCACAUAUCACUCAAUAUAUUUUGUAUUGAGACCAUCAUGUUUUCAUGGUAGGCUCCUCUGACUCAUAUCUGAUGGGAUACGAGCAUGAACAUGAUCAUUCAAAUUUUAACAUAGGGGAUCACGUGUGAAUAAAACA